AUGUACCCAGUGCAGCUCCAAUACUUCAGCCCUGAUGCAGGCAGCCUCUCGGGGAGCCCCUGGGGUGGGGGUGACCCACGGUGGCCUGUGGACAAGCCAUGCGCGGAGAUUCAGCGGUGUUUGGUCAACGCAGGCGAUGUGGGGUGUGGCGUCUUUGAAUGUUUUGAGAAUAAUUCGUGUGAGAUUCGGGGCUUGCAGGGGAUUUGCAUGACGUUUCUGCACAACGCUGGAAAAUUCGAUGCCCAGGGCAAGUCCUUCAUCAAGGACGCGCUCCGGUGCAAGGCCCACGCCCUGCGCCACCGGUUCGGCUGCAUCAGCCGCAAGUGUCCGGCCAUCAAGGAGAUGGUGUUCCAGCUGCAGCGCGAGUGCUACCUCAAGCACGACCUGUGCGCCGCCGCCCAGGACAACAUCCGCGUCAUGGUGGAGAUGAUCCACUUCAAGGACCUGCUGCUCCAGGAACCCUACGUGGACCUGGUGAACCUGCUGCUGACGUGCGGGGAGGCGGUGCGCGCGGCCGUGACGCACAGCGUGCAGGCCCAGUGCGAGCAGGCCUGGGGCGGCCUCUGCUCCAUCCUGGGCUUCUGCACCUCGGCCGUGCGGAGCCCGCCCACGGCGCCCCCCGAGACCGGGAGCCCGAGCCACCCCCACGCCCGGCCCGGGGGAGAGCGCCCACCCCAGCACGCGGACGUGCCCAGGUGA